AUAAAACAGUGCAUUUAUUAUUAUAUUUACAUAAAUAUUACUCGUUCAAUUAUCGUGUAAUACAAUUCUCAAAAAUAUUGUGACCAUCUCAUCUACUAUAAUAUUUUUGAAGUAUAAGAUUAUUAUUACUUUAAUUGGUAACAUUAAUGAACAUCUUUAAAUAUUUCUGAAACUGAGGAUUGGACAUGCGCACUAACAAAUCCGUAAAGCAACAAGUAGUUAAUGAUAUUGAUUUUUAGAACCUCAACAAAAACGAGUAAGUAUCUUGAUGAAAACGGCGACUAUUAAAAGAAUAAAAUGUUACGGAUAGCAUCAUCAGCAGCCUGGUUAUUAAUUUUAGGAUUGUAUGACAGUUGUUUAAGUGAUAAAACUGGUACAACCUUUACGUUUAAAGAAUAUCAAUACAAGGAUUCACCUAAAAAUGAAAUGACAUUUCAUGAAUUCGAAACAGCGUGUGAACAAAGCAGUGCAUGUAAUCAAAUGACUGGAUUAGCGCAAAUGAGAUGCGUUCGAGAAUGUGUUUCACCAUCAUGUUACCGAGAGAUAUAUUCAUCAGAUCCGCUUGAAGAGGGUGAAAUCGAUGUCCGACUAAAUUCAUUCAAAGGCUGUUUCGUCCAAAGAAGUGGUCGAACGAGAAACUGAUUUCCUUCAACUUUGAUAUCAUCAUUUAUCUUAUGCGUGAAUAAGAUAAAUAAAAUACGUCGAAAAAUUGCAUUCAUGUUGCUCCUCCUGACCACAAUCGCGUAUAGUGAAAACGCGUUGAUGAAGAAAGUAACUACAAAUUAUCGUCAAAAACCAUUAUUUUAAUAAAACUUGGCGACUGUCAACAAGAUGCAAAUAUGAGUUUUAGUGAAUAAUAUUUCUACUAAUGGGUAACAGAAGAGUAUUCUCUAGUUACUUAAUAAAAUAUUGUUAGUCUGUCACUUUGUUGUUAACUUUAUUACUAGGCAUGUUUGUUGAAAUUAUUAUCAUAACGUUUCAAUUACUAUCCAAUCAAUAUUAAUGCACUUGAAUAGCACAACACAUCGUUUUUUACAAAAUACUCUUUAAAUUUAUAAAGCACCUUUAUUUAGAUAUUUAAUUAAUAGCCACACUUUCGAAACACUGUCAAUACAUCUUAUAAUUACAUUUUACCCAGUCGAAUCUAUGCUAAUUUGUAUCUUAACAGACUUAUUACACAGAUACCUAAGUAGGUACUUGGUAAAAACCAUUGUAAGAACGAAAAGGUGUUGCUUCAGUACUAACACCACGUACCUUUAGUCAUUUAUGGGUGGUUCUAACAUUUUGAAGCCAUUUCGCCAGAGAAUUGAGUGACACGUCGUUUUGGCCAGUCAGAAACAUACAACCUUCAAUAGAAGCUUUCCUGUCAAGUUCCUAAUUUUGACCUUAGACUAUGAGAAGACCAUUUUGACUUAGUUACGUGGUAUUAGAACUGAAACGACGAAGGUGUUUUUAAAGGUCAGGACAAUGUCAAACUUUUCGAAUAUCACGCAAUCCUUUAUUUAGCCUUAUUUCAUAACAUAAAAUCUAAUUAAAGUUAUAUUCACUUUUUAAA